CGACGAAAUAUCGGAGAUGGAACAUUCACGAGUAUGCACACAGGUUGCAACAGCAGUAGUCAAUCGAGUCCGUUCGCCUCGCCAUGCACACACAUACAGGUAGGUACAUAUGUACACACGCCACCACAUACGGAAAGGAACCUCAUACACACACCCACAUCCGUCCAAGCAUGUAUGUUGUCACCGCCCGAGUGACGCCCGUGGCAGGGAAUAUGUCGACGAGAAAGAUGACGGGUAGGGCGACACCAGCGGCACACCGCCGUCACGGUAGCCAUACUGACACACACAGAGAGGGAAAAACAUAGACCCACAACUGGCCACUUCCCCUCUCGAUGCGAUGUGUGGUGACGUACAUCAGCCAUUUUGUUCGCGAGUUUGAGUGUCUCCAUCUCUUCCUCUUGGCUGGGCAGGCCCCUCUCACAGCACCCACUGCACCCUCCCCACCACAUCACUGCCACACACCGCACCACGCACACAACAGAUGAGCGGACCAAUACACGGAUGGAUGGGUGCGUCCACACUGGGCUCUGGGUGGGAGGUGUGCUGUGUUGCCUACCCAGUAGGUAGAUCCCCCAUCCAAGCAGGCCGACGAUCACGGCACCAACUGCUACAGCUAUCGACCACAUCCACCAGCCUAAACGCAUCAAUGAACACAGAGAGUGCGGCCACACCACAGCCGCAGAGGGGUCCACAGACCGUUCGCGUGUCUGUGUGUGUGUGUGGGAUGGGGACGGACCUCCGAAUCGGUAACAUUUCCCUCUGAGGAGGAAUCGUCCUUCCCACAUGGUGCCAGACGGGAUGCACGCCAGGCACACCUGGCUGUUCUCACACACACCGCACAACUCACCACAGUCUGCACACACACACACACAUGUGCCAAUCGGUGCGGCCACUCUGUGUCUGUGUGUGUGUGUGUGUUUGGUGUGCCUUAUCCCUUCCUUACGUGAGCACCUGCUAGCAACCGAGUCGCCAUAGAAACCUGCAGCACAACACAACGCACCACGGCACACCGUCUGAGGGAGAGGUGAAGGCUGCUCGUCUCUAAGCAUUCAAGACACCUCGGCUGCAUUUGCUGGUGCAUGCGCCCGCAUCCGCCGAAUAGAAAGGAUGCUCCUCUGGGCAGCCUGACAGACAGAGGGAGGGGAAGGAAAGGAAAGAGGCACAUGCAGGUCCUCCUCGGUCUCUCCCUCUUUGCGCCCCCCACCGCCCCGCCGACCGACCAUCUCUGACGAUGUUGAUGGUGUAUUUGCCGGCCGAUCCCGUCUGCAGGGCGGGCGUCACCUCAAUGAUGAUCUGCCGACUCUUGCCAGGGUCCAAGUGAAACAGCCGCGACUCACCUUCACACACACAAAAGUGAACACACGCUGCACCCACCGCUCCACGCCAUCCCUGCUGCCCACUCACCUUUUCUCUGAACCUCGCCGGCCAUCCUCCCGCCCAGGAACCGCCUGCCACCCACAGCGGCACCGGCAUCGCUCUGGUUGCCCUUGUCCUGCCCGAGUGCGGCGGAGUCAUAGACAGCACACGACUGGCCGCCGUCAGCGCCCUCAAAGGUCAGCACCACAUCGUCAGUGUUGAGGGGCAGGUAGGCCAGGUAGGAAACCCGGUGUGGGUUAAACGGGGGGCACAUGGGUGCGUGUGCCGAGCACCCAGUGGGGCACCGGCUGCUGUCGGCCCCUGGGCACCCCGACGAGUAAGCCACUUGAAGAGAGGCCAACGUGACGUCUUCCCCAGCUGCAGUGCAGCAAGAGGAGGGAAAAAGAAAAAAGGACAGGACUGUGAGCACCGCAUCGCAUCGUGGCGGCACGGCAGCUUACAUAGUCUUUGGAGGCUGAUGGUGUAUGUGGUCUUCUUGCCACCAUUCACGACGGACACCGUGACCUUCCGAUGCUCACCUGGCGAUAUCUGAAUAAACGUCAGUCACAAUCACAGACCGACACCCACAUCUAUCCAUCCAUCCAUCGAUUGGCCAAUCCAUGUGUCCCUCCGCCUCCCUCACCGUGACCUCCGUGCCGACUGGUCCCUCCACAGUGGAUGUGUUGCUCGUCGGCACUGCAUCCACGGCGUAUCUCGUCAUGUCAAAGUCCAUCGUCGCCGCAUAAUGCACCACAGAAGGACGAAAUGCCGGCCUGCAUCAUGAAUGAAUGAUGCAUCAGCAGCAAGGAAGCGAAAACACAUAGUCAGGUCAGCCUUGUUCCUCUUUCUUUGCGCACCCUCCCACCCACCUGAGGUCCACCCUUCUGUCGUCGCAUCGGAUGUCCAGGAACCGCAGCGAUGCAUCUGGCAUGGAGGCGGUGAACACGAGCGCUACAGAGAAGAAGAGAGAACCGACAAAGAGGCGUGAAGCGACAAAGAGGCGUGACAUUGG